AUGUCAGCGGCGCUUUUCCUGAGAAACGUGCCCCGGAUCAGCAGACUGCCGCCGGGUAUUGCGCGGCAGGCGGCCGGUUGUCUGUAUCACACGGCGAAAGGUGUGUACGGAUACCGGCCGAAAGAAAACGAGAGGGACCACAAGUUACAGACACUUAUUGAAGACCAUGCUCUUGCCCGUUUGGUGGAGGCAUACCGAGCCCAUGGACACAAGGCUGCUAAAAUUAACCCCUUGUUGCCUCAUAAGCCUGUGGCAGAUUCCAUACCAGAGAUCAACCUGUUGACUGGAGCAAUACAAGGACAACUCAACACCUCAGGGCUACGACAUUUUGGCAAGGCGGAAGCUUCCGUGGAAGAGGUGCUAGCCUACUUGGAGGACACUUACUGCGGCCACCUCUCAGUGGAGACCAGCCACCUGACCAGCCUAGAGGAGAGGGAAUGGUUUGCCAGCCGCUUUGAGGAACUGAAGAAGGAGAAGUUCUCCACUAAGGAGCGGAGACAGCUGGCCCAGCUCAUGUUGGAGUCCCAGGAAUUUGACCAUUUCCUUGCCACCAAGUUUGCCACUGUGAAGCGCUACGGAGGAGAGGGAGCAGAGAGCAUGAUGGGAUUUUUCUAUGAGCUUUUCCACCAGUCUUCCCACAGCGGAGUGACUGACAUUAUCAUCGGGAUGCCCCACAGAGGCCGACUGAACCUCUUGACGGGGCUCCUCAAAUUCCCACCAGAGCUCAUGUUUCGUAAAAUGCGUGGCCUGAGUGAGUUCCCGGAGAACUCCCCCGCCAUUGGUGAUGUCCUCUCUCAUCUGACCUCCUCGGUGGAGCUGGACUUUGGAGCUGGACAGCCUAUCCAUGUGACCAUGCUGCCCAACCCAUCCCACCUGGAGGCCAUCAACCCCGUGACCCAGGGGAAGGCUCGGGCAAGGCAGCAGCUCAGACAGGAAGGAGACUACUCCCCCAACGUCACUGCCCAGCCAGGGGACAAAGUCAUCUGUCUGCAGGUCCAUGGCGAUGGCUCAUUUACUGGCCAAGGAAUUGUUCCAGAGACCUUUACCCUUGCAAACCUCCCCCACUACAGAGUCGGUGGGAGCAUCCACCUCAUUGUAAACAAUCAAGUGGGUUAUACCACUCCAUCUGAGAGGGGGAGAUCCUCCUUGUACUGUAGUGAUGUUGGUAAGAUGGUGGGCUGUGCGGUGAUCCAUGUUAAUGGUGAUGAUGCAGAAGAAGUGUUGCGAGCCACACGGCUGGCCGUAGAGUACCAGCGGCACUUCAGGAAAGACAUCGUUUUAGACCUGAUUUGCUACCGCCAGUGGGGCCACAAUGAGCUGGACGAACCCUUUUUCACCAACCCGGCCAUGUACAAGAUCAUCCGCUCCAGGAAGAGCAUCCCGGACUCCUAUUCUAACCAGCUGAUUUCGGAGGGCCUGAUGACUGACGAAGAACGUGGGGAGAUUAAGACCAGACACUAUGCCAUGCUCAAUGACAAGCUGGCCAACAUGACCCUGUACAGCCCCCCACCCACCAACCUCCAGGGCCGCUGGGGGGACCUGGUAGAGCCACAGGCCAGGGUCACCACCUGGGACACUGGUGUCCCAGUUCCCCUGCUCCAGUUUGUUGGGGCAAAGUCGGUGGACAUCCCUGAGGAUGUCAAGCUGCACAGCCACCUGGGUAAAACCCAUGUACAGGCUCGGUUGCAGAAGUUGGAGGAGGGCACCAAACUGGACUGGUCCACCGCAGAGGCCAUGGCUUUUGGUUCACUCCUCUGUCAAGGCUUUAACAUCCGUAUCAGUGGACAGGAUGUUGGGAGGGGCACGUUCAGCCAGCGCCACGCCAUGGUUGUGUGUCAGGAGACCAACGACAUGUUCAUCCCCCUCAACCACAUUCACACCCAACAGAAAGGCUUCCUGGAGGUGUGUAACAGCCCGCUGUCUGAGGAGGCCGUACUGGGGUUUGAAUAUGGAAUGAGCAUUGCUCAGCCCAAGCUCCUGCCCAUCUGGGAGGCACAGUUUGGAGAUUUCUUCAAUGGGGCACAGAUCAUCUUUGAUACUUUCAUCUCUGGAGGUGAGGCUAAGUGGCUCCUACAGUCAGGAAUUGUGAUCCUGCUGCCUCACGGCUACGACGGAGCGGGACCAGAACACUCCUCCUGCCGCAUGGAGCGCUUCCUACAGAUGUGUGACAGUAAGGAGGAAGGGGUUGACGGUGACAAUGUAAACAUGGCUGUGAUCAACCCGACCACUCCAGCCCAGUACUUCCAUCUGCUGAGGCGCCAAAUGAUCCGAAACUUCCGGAAACCGCUCAUUGUCGCUGGGCCCAAAACCCUGCUGAGAUUCUCUGGGGCAGUGUCGAGUCUGGCCGAGUUGGCCCCAGGAACUUCUUUCCAGCCGGUGUUGAGUGAUACAUCAGUCUCACCAGACAGUGUCCAGAAGGUGGUGCUGUGCUCAGGGAAACACUACUAUGCCCUGCUGAAGCAGAGAGAGAUAUCGGCGGCCAGCCACAAUACAGCCUUAAUCCGCCUAGAGGAGCUGUGCCCUUUCCCUCUGGAGGCUCUACAGCAGGAGCUCCGGAAAUAUCCCAACGCCAAAGAGUUCAUCUGGAGUCAGGAAGAACCUCAGAACAUGGGUCCCUGGUCCUUCGUGGCUCCUAGGUUUGAGAAGCAGCUGGCAUGCAAGCUUCAGUUGGUUGGUCGACCGUCUCUACCGGCUCCCGCCGUGGGCAUCGGAAUGCUCCAUCAGCAGCAGCAAGAGGCCAUCCUCACCGCCACCUUCUCAUAAGAUGCUGAAGCGGGUAACCAAACAGAUGCUGCGCGGGGAUACAAACUAUCACAACAUAUCUAGUGUGGUCCACACAGUCUAAUGUGCUGCCAAAACUAAAACCACAAACGAAGGGCUGCUGUGUUAGCCCUGUGGACUGUUUCAAGUGGAUCACGUUGAUCUUUUUUGAGGUUGGGUCUAGCAAACCUCGUGUUAAGACUGAAUUCAAAAAGGCAGGCCCAUCCAAAAAAGUGGAAGAAGAGGAAAGCCACUUUAUUUUGUCAUUGUACAGUUGUAUGGUUACAAUGACAUUUGUUUUCUGCAUUCAACUCAUCUUAUUGUAUAGGAGCAGUGGGAAGUUGCA